AUGGCGUCCCAACGACACCCAACACCUUCCCGCCUACAACGCAGCCAUCACCGACCACAAGCACCCUUUAGGAAUGCCUCGGAUUCAGGCCGAACUCAACUUUUUGUCGAGAACCUACCCGCGAUCAUUGACGAACCGAAGUUCCGAAAACGGUUUGAGAUCUUUGGAAACCUGGAAAAUGUGAGCAUUCUAACAGGCCUGGAGCCAAGGGUUGGCACCUGCACAUAUAGCUAUGCAGACGAUGCAUUGGCCGCAUAUCAUGGUAUGAACCGGACGCUUUUUGAGGGUAAUACUUUGAAAGCCAUACUAGCAGAACCUUUGGAAACAUACGAAGAGGCAAGAGCAAGAUGGACGCUCGAUGGCACAAUAGAACCUAGUCCAUUAGCUGAGUUUCCCGAGACCAUUACCUCGGGAAAUGACGCUCCCAGAAACCAGAUGUGUGAUCACCAAGAUGAGAUUAGUGGUCAUAUCUGUGGGGAGUCUUUCCCCAAUGCCUUUACGCUCAUGCGUCAUUGGUGGAUGCAUACGUGGAACUAUAGGCCUUGGAAAUGCGAAAUGGAUGUUGGAUGUGUGUACGCAAGGAGAGGUUUCAUCACGGAAAGCGAACGCGACCGGCACCAUGGCAGCACGCAUGUCCCAACUGGAGACCCUCGCCCUUACAAAUGCCCAGUCCCCAGCUGCCACUACCACAAAAAAGGCUUCGAAACGCAGAACGCAGAAUCCCUUCACGAGAAGGUCCAUUCACUUGGUUUCGAAGAACAUGUCUGCCCGAUAUCGGGUUGUGGAUUUGAGUCAACACAGAGCGAAGAAAUUAACCACCAUCUUGAAGAUAUACAUGGAAUCAUUGAAAACCCGUCAUCUUCAUACCCGGCUCAUACACUGGACGCGGGUUAUGGGUCACAAAGGCGAAGUACGCCACAUAAUCGGCGUAAACGGCCGUCAGCAUACCGCUCUGAUGAAAAGUCGGAUUUCGAGGAGCGUUCACACACUCCGAUGGAUAGUGAAAAGGCCGACAUGAUUCAACGAUACGCUGUGACGACUGGAAUCGAUUAUCGUCCCUUUAAAUGCCAAGUUAGGGGGUGUAAGUUUGUAAAGGAAGGCUUCGAAACACAAUCCGAAUUAUUAUCUCAUGAAGACAGAGAACACGAUGGGCAACGGAACGUUCUUUUUCAUCAAAUAGGAUCCGAAUCCCCUAGCCAUGAAGUUACAAGUCACCCUACCUUGCCUCCGCUCAAACCAACCUCAUCUAGUAUUAGCCAUACGGAUGCACCUCGUUCGCCUUCCCCAGAAUUCCUUCAGUGUAAUAACGUUGACUGUGCGAAGAUGUUUGCCUUGGAACAAGAUUGGAGGAAACAUGCGAUUAGCUGCGCUUCUAAAUCUGUUGAAAAACAAUGCUCGUUCACUGAUUGCCAAGCCAGAUUUGACAGUGUUCCGGCUCUAUCUUCCCAUGAAUUUGGAAGCCACGGCAUCCGCAUAUGCAGCUCACUAACAUGCAACCGCGCAUUUCAUCAGCUUGAAGAUGCGGAAUCUCACAUGCGGGACUUGCACUCAAAUCUCUAUAGCGGCGGGCGUCGGCCACGAUUGGCUUUCAUAGCGUCCGUUCCCUCAUGGAAUGAAGAAAUCGGGGAGACGGGGUUCCCAUACGACCCUUAUCGCUGCGCCCUAUUAAAUAUCUCACAAGAUAAGAGCUCCCUGGGGAAAGCGCAAUCUCUUCAGCACCACCCCUCUAAAAAAGGCAAAGAGAUUGCCCGAGAGCCCAUUGACGCAGCCGGAGCUAUCAAAGCUUCAUCCGUAUUCGAUGGUGGACACCAGACUAUACCUCCCCAAUCGCAGCCCAGUACUAGCAGUACACCAUUUCCUGACGUAUUGCCCCGAUACUCGGUUGUCAUGUCCCAACAAGCCCCCCGUGACUCACAAACCUGGGCCGGUGAAGAAAAAAACGUAAACCUAGCUCAGAAUCCUACGCCUCCGGGGCUCUUGCGAGCAGACCAUGCUGUUAAACCCGCACCCAAACCCGAGGCACCCCUUGUAGUAAGCUCUCCGGCGAGCCGUGCUAUCCAGCAACACACCGCCCCACCAACCAAGUCAAAAUUUACUCCUGAGGAUAUGAAUCCAGUUUACCGCUAUAAUACGGAUGGUUCGCGAUACGCCACUGGCGCAGUUGUUCUUUCACCCGACAAGCAUCAAGUAUUAGUCUUAAGAAGUAAGGAUGAAUCUAAGGGGAUCAUGUAUCAGCUCCCAUCCGGAUUCCUUGAGUUCAACGAUCAGAACAUGGAAGCAUCAGCUCUGCGUGAAUGCUGGCAAAAUGCCGGCAUUGUGGGCAGAAUUCUCAGGGCGAUCGAGCCGGCUCCCGCCGAAGAACCCGAUGAAAAUGGGCUUGCUGACUGGCACUCAUACUUUGAAAUCGAGGUCGAAAGAGAAAAGGAACGAUGGCCCAAGUAUCAGUUGUGGCAUCGACGUUGGCUUAAUUAUCGAGAAGCACGAGUUGUUCUGAGUUCGCAACCAGAUGCCAUCCGGGCGCUAGAACGGUCAACGAUAUUUAAGAGAGGGAGUUCGAAUUUGAGGGCGGAUAGUUCGUCUGGGAUCCACUCGGCUUCGCAUUUGAUCGCCGCUGCCACACCCCCCAAAAGCAGUAAGACAUUGGAAAGCGUGCGCCCCCGAAGGAGACAGUAUCCUGAUGAGCGCCCCCCAGCCACCAGAAAAUAUAGCACUGUCUCCCCGGUUGCGGAUAACAUAACGGCAUGGCGAAAGGAUAUACUUCCUUGGUUGCGUCGUAACUUUAGUACCGUUAUGGGGAAGAACAAGCAUGGUGCAAUCGAACUUCUUAGGGUGCGGAACAAGCCCACGAUUUGCAUUACAUGCUCAGAUCCUAAAGAACUUGUCCUUGACACCUUCGCCGAAGUUGUCAGUGGCCUAUUUCCGAUGCAUGUAAAAGUUGGCCUUCUAGCUCGGUCAUCUCGCCAAGGUGUGACAUCUCCAGCCGAUAGCCGCUCUCUUGAAAUACCCUCUUACAUGCCGCGGAGCGAUGAUAUCCAGAUCUCCGGAGGUCUUCGCCAUGGCAACGAUGAUGCCGACAACGCAGAUGGAUCCAUUUAUCACUCUAGCUUAAGAACUUCUGCCCCAGAGCCCUUAAAGGUCCGUCAAGUAAGCCCCAGACCGGAAAAGGCAUUUCGUCCUCCACCAAUUUUCGGGAAGUAUUUGAAUCGACCCUCAUGUGGGGCAACUAUUGGGACAGUCCGUGAUGAUGAUAGUUCGAUAUCGGCUGGUACCUUUGGCGGGAUUGUGAUCCUGGUCAAAGAGGACGGCACUGAAGCACCGUAUGGACUAAUAUCACAUCACGUAAUUGAAGAGAAGACCGACGAGACAGAACUCGGAAUCGGUGUAGACGAAGGUUGGCUCUUCAACUCCUCUGGUGCUCACAAAUUUCCUAUUCAGCAACCAGCCCAUAUGGACCUUGAAGAGGCUAAAGAUAGCCUCGAUAUGCAAAGAUACUACUGUGAUAGAGAAAAGCGCUAUUGUGAUGUUGAUGAUGGCAGGGCCGUCAGGGCAAAACUUGCUCUUCUAGAUGGUUUAGAUCAACAGACUAUGGAUUUUGGUCAUGUCGCAUACUCUUCCGGGUAUGGAUUUGAUGCGAAUCGUCACCAGAUGGAUUGGGCUCUCAUUGGGGAUAUCCCUUCUUGGAGGCUUGAGGAUAAUAUCGUCCCGAGCGUUGAGAGCUUCUACGAUUUGCAUUAUGAUGGCAGCCCGAAAGCUCCCUACCCUGUCGAAAAAAGCUUCUUUAAUUUCCUCUCGGAAACAUUUGAGCAGGAAUAUUCUAUUGAUUUAUCAGAAAUCGACCCCCUGCGGAGGAUACACGGUGUUGGGUCAUAUAGCGGGAUCAUGGACGGGACCGUAUCUAGUGAAACAGCCUUUUUCCGUCUCGACGGGAUGGACUCGGAGGAGUGGUUUUUUACACCACGCUAUAAUGGCGGUUUAGGUGUAAGAGGAGACUCUGGUACCUGGAUUUUCGACGAUUUUGGCAAGGUGGUAGGGCAAAUAAUUGCCUACAACUACAGAACGGACACGGCUUACUUCACCCGCAUGGAUUACCUUUUUGAACACAUAAAAUCGAAGACGAAAGCAGUUGAGGUUUAUAUCCCUUACAAGGGCGAGCUAGCCCGCUGGAAGACAGACGAGGCUCCUAAACAGCUUGAUACCGCACAAACCGCCAGUGUUACGGAUGCAAGCAGUAGCUACGUCGACAGCGCUUUCGGGACAAUAAAAACAAACGAUACUGACAUAACGUCACCAUUGGCCAUCAGCGACUCGGGUUUAGGGUGGGCUGGAUUUCACAAACAAAACUGA